AUGAAUGAAACUACAGACAAACUUAACUCUUCUCUUAUUCUUCCUUUCAGUAAGGACUAUGAGUUCUGUUCAAAUGGUGUGUAUUUCUAUUGUGGAAAGAUGGGUUCAGGUAAGACAUUCAACCUCAUUCGUCAUAUACUCAUAACAGAGCGUUUAGGAAACGACUCUUACUAUGACCAAAUCAUUAUAUCAGCAACUUCAGACUCUAUGGAUUCAACAGCGAAAACAUUUAUGUCAAAAGUUCAAGCCUCUGUCGUUAAAGUUCCAGACAGUGAACUCAUUGAAUUUCUUCAACGUUACAUUCGACGUAAGAGGAAAUAUUAUGCUAUUGUAGAGUUCAUACAGUCAGGAAUGCAAAAGACUUCAGAAGAGAUGGAAAGAAUUAUUGACAAACACCACUUACGUCAAUACUCAGGAGUUUACGAUAUGAAACGACUGACAAACUACAUUCUGUCAAAACUUUCAAAAUACCCCUUCAAAAAGUAUCCUUCAAACACUCUGCUCGUUUGUGACGACUUCGCCGGAAAAGGUUUAGUGUCAAAAGCAGACUCACCAUUAGCUAACAUCAUAACUAAAGUCAGACAUUACCACUUAACUGUAGCAAUACUUAUGCAAACAUGGC